CAACAACAACACCUAGGAGUAGUCGGACCGCUGGUAGAUCGCCCAGCCCGCCUCGUUCGGCGCGAACAGUCCCUCGGGGAGGCAGCCGACCAAGUCGCACGCCGGCGACGCGUCCGUCUCGCCCUUGCGCAGGAGCAGGCGGUACUCGUCCGUGUGCGUCUCGAGGUAGGCCUCGACCUUGGCCGUCUUGAGAGUUCCGGUGUCGUGGAGUGCGACGUAGCGCGGCCUGCACUCGUCGCGGACGCGCUCGAACUCGCCCCAGCCCGUGUACUCGUUGCCGUCGAUCAGGAUGAGGUCGAAGGCGACCUUGGCGCAGAGGCGGCGGAGCUGCGGUGGAAGACGUACUUGGGGCGGCCGGAGGCCGACUGGGCUCGGCGCUUAGCGAUGUCGGCGCUUGGGAAUGGCUUAGCCGAGACAAUGCACCACACGGACGCAUUAUCUGUGAAGGAGGCCGAGUUCUCCAUGGAGCGGCGCCUUGGCGCGUCAGAAGUCGAACUGCUAGUCCUGCAGAGCAAUCUUGCGAUCACGUAUGGAACGCUCGGACGGGUUGAAGAGGCCCUGCAGAUGAAACGAGACGUAUACAAUGCAUAUUUGAAGCUCCAUGGCGAAGAACAUGGAAAUACCCUCCGGGCGACCAACAAUUACGCGGUGUCCCUCCUUGAUCAACAGCGCUUCAAAGAAGCCAGAUCACUGCUGCGCAAAACCACACCCAUGGCGCGACGCGUCCUUGGUGAGCGUCAUGAAACCACGCUCAGGAUGCGUUGGAAUUAUGCGCGGGCGCUCUACAGGGACGACGCUACCACCCUCGACGAUCUUCGUGAUGCAGUGUCGACGCUCGAAGACACGGUACGGCUCGCGCGGCACGUGUUUGGUGGCACGCACCCGAUCACAGAAGCGGCUGAAUGCUUCCUGCGAGACGCGCGAGCCGCGCUCCGCGCCCGCGACCCGCCGUCUAGCAGUCCCUAA